GCCAAUGUGGUUCAGUUUGGUGUCAAAUGAUUAGAACAGCUUUUAUUGUCAUGUCCUUUUGUAAAAUCCCCCUACGAAGCUCGCUCGCUAACAGUUAGCCUAUUAUUGGUAAAGCUAGCCAGAAUUAGGCACAUCUGACCGGAUGUGUUGAGACUUCCCUUUCAAAACAAAUGCCAGUGGUUCGAUAACAUGCAUUGUGUGGUUAACAACAUUGAAUAGAGAUACGUUAUGCCAUUUUCCUUCAGUAAAUAAUCGCCCCAAAUGUACAUGUGUGGUUACUUGUGUGAUAUUUCAUAGUUUUUAACAUCUAGCAUCAUCGGCUCUUGAGUUGUAGUUUGAACAACUCAACAGGAAGUCAAUAUUUUCUUUGCCCCGCUUGACGGUGGUGAAUAGAAAUGCCUUGAUCAUCUUCCGUGUUUGUGUUUUGUGCGCAGCAGCCAAGGGUAUUUAAAUACGUAGACAAUGAAAAAUGUGUAGCAGGGAGAGUUGGAUUGUUAUUAGUCUGUAUGAAGUUUAGCCAGAAUCCACUGACUAACGGAUUAAGCUAACGCUGCGUAGCCGAGCUGUGGGGUCAUGGCAGCUGCCAGCGUGAGCAGACCUGGCGGGGCCCAGACCACUGAAAAGUCUCAGUUGAUCUUAAAAGUGGUUUCAGCAAAGCCUCAGUCUCCAAAGCUGCCAAACCGUCCCUCCAGACUCAGCUCCUUCGUCGAGGUGACUGCAGACGGCCUGAGCAGCGAAACCAAAAAAACCGGCAAACGCAGCGGACACCUCGAGCUGCAGUGGAACGAAGACCUCACCCUUAAUGUGACGCCUCAGAGCCGUCUGGACCUGAAGCUGUGGAGCUGCCACACCCUGAGGAAGGAGCUCCUGGGCAGCGCCACCAUCGACCUGCUGGACACACUGCGCACACACCACGGCAAGAUGGAGAACGUCCAGCUGAGUCUGGUGCUGCAGACGGAGAACAAAGGCUCGGUUGUAGUGGGAGGCGAGCUCAACGUCUGUCUGGACGGUAUGGCUGUUGAUCUGGGCACGUUGCCCAAUGGCAGCGCGGCAGCAGACAAGAUACUGCAGUCUGACAGACCCAACCUGAGGAGGACACAGAGUGAGGAGUCCCCGGGUACACCUGGAUCUCACAACAGGAGUAACAGGCACUCAGUGGGAGGAACACAGGGCAGCUCCCCAGGGGGCCCCAGGGGGGGCUCUCUGACCAACGGGGAGCUGAGUGAGGAGCAGACCCCUUGCCCGGGCUCAGCGGCUCACCGUCGCUCCUCCAAAAGUCACGGGAGCCCAGGAAGCAGCGCAGACAAAGUGGAGUUGACGUCUAACGGGCUGGAGAGCAGUCGUGGGGGCGUGGCCCAUCACACCCCUCCUCCCCCCUCUCCGUCGGGCCGAUCUCCGGCUGCCAGCAGCAGCAGCAGCAGCCCCUCUCCGGGUCAGGACGCUCUGGGACCGGCCCCGCCCGCAGAGCCCGGCCCUAACCCCCCCCCCAACACAGAGCAGGCCAGCAACAGCAGCACAGAGCCCUCCACAGAGACACUGCCCACAGGCUGGGAGCAGAGGGUGUUGCCUCAUGGCAGAGUGUACUACGUCGACCACAACACCAAAACCACAACCUGGGAGAGACCACUGCCACCAGGCUGGGAGAAGCGAGUGGACCAGCGGGGAAGGUACUACUAUGUGGACUACAACACCAGAACCACCACAUGGCAGAGGCCCACAGCGGAGUCUGUGCGCAGCUACCAGCAGGUGGCAGAGCCAGCGCAGGCCAGCUGCAGGGCGGCCAUGCACCAGUUCAGCCAGCGCUUCCUCUACCAGCCAUCCGGUGCUCCGGUGGAAAAUGACCCUCUGGGCGGGCUGCCUCCUGGAUGGGAGAAGCGUCAGGACAAUGGCAGAAUUUACUUUGUCAACCACAACACACGGACCACACAGUGGGACGACCCCCGGACCCAAGGGAUGAUCAAGGAGCACCCCCUGCCCCCGGGCUGGGAGAUGAAGUACACCGCCGAGGGAGUCAGAUAUUUUGUGGACCACAACUCGCGCAACACCAGCUUUAAAGACCCCCGACCCGGGUUUGAGUCAGGGUCACGGCAGGGCGGCUCACCGGGAGCUUACGACCGCAGCUUCAGGUGGAAGUACCACCAGUUCCGCUUCCUGUGCCAUUCCAAUGCCUUGCCCAGCCAUGUGAAGAUCUCAGUGUCCAGACAGACUCUGUUUGAGGACUCCUUUCAGCAGAUCAUGAAUGUGAAGCCAUACGACCUUCGCCGCAGACUCUACAUCAUCAUGAGAGGAGAGGAGGGGCUGGACUACGGCGGCAUCGCCAGGGAGUGGUUCUUCCUGCUGUCCCACGAGGUGCUGAACCCCAUGUACUGUCUGUUUGAAUACGCCGGCAAGAACAACUACUGUCUGCAGAUCAACCCCGCCUCCUCCAUCAACCCCGACCACCUCACGUACUUCCGCUUCAUCGGACGCUUCAUCGCCAUGGCUUUGUACCACGGGAAGUUCAUCGACACCGGCUUCACGCUGCCGUUCUACAAGCGCAUGCUGGACAAGAAGCCCACGCUCAAAGACCUGGAGUCCAUAGACCCCGAGUUCUUUAACUCCAUCAUGUGGGUCAAAGACAACAACCUGGAGGAGUGUGGAGUGGAGCUUUACUUUGCACAGGACAUGGAGAUCCUGGGGAAGGUGUCCACCCACCAGCUGAAAGACGACGGAGAGAACGAGCUGGUGACGGAGGAGAACAAGGAGGAGUACAUCAGCCUGCUGACAGACUGGAGGUUCACCCGGGGGGUGGAGGAGCAGACCAAGGCCUUCCUGGACGGCUUCAAUGAAGUGGUUCCUCUGGAGUGGCUGCGCUACUUCGACGAGAAGGAGCUGGAGCUGAUGCUGUGUGGGAUGCAGGAGAUAGACAUGGCCGACUGGCAGAAGAACACCAUCUACAGACACUACACCAAGAACAGCAAGCAGAUCCACUGGUUCUGGCAGGUGGUGAAAGAGAUGGACAACGAGAAGAGAAUCCGUCUGCUGCAGUUUGUGACGGGAACGUGCAGACUGCCUGUCGGAGGCUUCACUGAGCUCAUAGGAAGUAACGGUCCCCAGAAGUUCUGCAUAGACAAGGUGGGGAAGGAGACUUGGCUUCCAAGAAGUCACACAUGCUUCAACCGUCUGGACCUGCCGCCCUACAGGAGCCUGGAGCAGCUCCGCGAGAAACUCCUGUUCGCCAUCGAGGAGACGGAGGGCUUUGGACAGGAGUGACGCAGGAAACAAACACAUUUAAAGGAGGACAGUCCAUUCAAUGGGAUCGUUUUUUUUGUCAUUAAUUAAUAUUAUUACUUUGCAUUUGUUAAUCACCGGGCUGAGAAAUCAUCGUCACCCCCCACUGGCAGGGGGCAUGUUUGUGAAAUGAAUGAUGAGACGCAGGAACAGUGUGGUGUGUGUGUGUGUGUGUGUGUGUGUGUGUGUGUGUGUGUGUGUGUGUGUGUGUGUGUGUGUGUGU